AUGUAUAUCGUAAUUUUGUCCAUCUUAUUAUUAUGCAUUACAUUUUUCAAUGGACGUACAUUUAAUAACGCGUAUAGCACGUCUAAAGUGAAGGAAAAUGGUAAUACUUUAUACACAGGCUUUCGUACGAAGGAAGAUAAAGAAAAUUAUGUAAACAAUUUAAACAGUUUAAACAAUUUAAAUUCCUAUAAUUUAAUUAAUGCAAAAAAAGAAAAGAAUGCUUUUAAAAUACGAAAAAAUAUGAACAAAUUGUAUAAUGCCUUAUACCCAAGCGAAAUAGAAGAAGAGCAUGAACAAGUAAGAAAUGAGAAUGAUACAUAUGAAAAAGACGAAAACAAAGUUUACAGUGGUAAUUACGAAAAACAUGGACCUCCAUCUGUAGAUAAAAUAAGUGCAGACAAUACAAGUAACAACAAUUUAAAGAAGAAUGAUUUUAAAAGCAGGAAUGUUUUUAAUAAGGAAAUGAAAAGUAAUUUUAUAAUUGACGAGGAUGGACUGGCAGUACACAAUAAGAAUGGGUACAAAGAUAUUGAUUAUGGUGAUAUUAAUAAACAAAGAACUUUUGAUAUAUUUGGUAGCAAUGAAAAAGUGAAGAGUGAAUCUAACUUUGCCAUCGUGAACUAUCUGAAAGACUUUUUUCAAAAUUCUCCUUAUAUAAAAAAUUUCCAAAAUUUUAUAGAAGUUUUUUUCAACAAAUAUGACCAACGUGUACUAGAGUCUACUGUUUUUUUUAAUUUUGAUGAAACAUUAUUUUAG